GAACAUGCAGGAGCCCAGGGUCCACCACACGCUAAAGUCGAGUCCCGUCUCAGGGGGCGGGGCUGUGUUUGAUUGACAGCUGUCACAUCAGGAUCAUGGCCAAAAAAGGCAAUGGGGGGCGGGGCAAAACCGACACCAUGGCGACACUGCAGGCGGCCAAUGAGGAGCUGCGGUCUAAGCUGACGGAGAUUCAAAUCGAGCUCCAGCAAGAAAAGAGCAAGGUGAGCAGGCUAGAGCGUGAAAAGGCCCAGGAGCUUAAAGCGGAGCAUCACCGUUCCACCGCCGCCAUCACAGCGCUCAGGUCCAAACUCCACGAGGAGAAGAUGCGUGAGGUGGGCGGAGUCAGGGAGCAGUUACUACGGCAACACGAGAUGGAGCUGAUGAGGGUCAUCAAAAUAAAAGACCAAGAGAUACACCGACUCAACGCUCUGGUGUCCAGUCUACAACAGGGAUCUACGGACAAGGUCCGCUCCUCCCUCCUCUCGGACCUGGAGGAGGCUCGGCGUUCCUGGGAGCUGGAGCGUUCCCGUCUGCAGCAGGAGGUGCUGGAGUUGCGCGGUUCCAAGAGGAGCACCGAGGAGGCGCUGAAUUCUGCCCAACAGAACGUCCAAGCCCGGUCCAACGAGCUGCGCAACGCCCACUACAAACACCAGGAGGAGCUACAGAGGAGCCGGAGGGAGAGCGAGAGGGAGAUACGACGACUGAUGGAGGAGAUCAGACUGAAGGACCGGGCCGUCUCAGUCCUGGACAAAGCUCUGGGUCUUCAGGCCGGACACGCUCACAGACUACAGCUCCAGACUCAAGCGGCCGAGCAGCAAAUCGCUGCGCUCCGAGACGCACAGAGGGCGGGGCCAGGGCCAGGACAGGCCAAUCAGAGUAUUCCCGAGGACAGAGACCUUCGGCGUUUUCAGCUGAAAAUCGCAGAGCUGAGUUCAGUCGUUAGGAAACUGGAGGAUCGUAACGCACUUCUGUCGGAGGAACGCAACGAACUGUUAAAGCGUUUAAGAGACACAGAGUCACAGUUUCUUCCGGUUCUGGACAAAAACAAACGUCUAAGUAAAAAGAACGAGGAGCUGGCUCUGAGCGUCCGUCGCCUCGGCAACAAGCUGCGCUUUGUGACGCAGGAAAACAUGGAAAUACAAUCUAUGAGGAGACCAUCGUCUCUGAACGACCUGGACCGCUCCCACUGCUCUGGUUUCCAUGGUUAUACCGUGGAUGAGAGGGAGAUGGAGUUUCUACGGUUACAGGUGAUGGAGCAGCAGAACAUCAUCGAUGACCUCAGCAAGGCCCUGGAGACGGCCGGCUACGUCAAGAACGUGAUCGAGAGAGACCUGCUCUUGAGACACAGACGCCAGGACUCACUGAAGAGGAGAAGAACCUUCAGAGCCUGUAGAGUUAUCGAGACGUUUUUUGGUUAUGAUGAAGAGGCUUCGUUCGACUCAGAUGGAUCGACUCCUUCGAUCCACACAGACCGGACCCCAGACCAGGAGCCGGACUCAGAGGUGCGUGAGGAGGCGGAGCUCAGGUAUCGUCAGUUGAAUCAGGAGUACCAGGCUCUACAGAGGGCAUAUGCACUCCUGUCUCAGACCUGCGGAGGGCGUUAUGACCCAGAGACUGAGAUCAAGAGUCGGGAGCAGCUUCUGGUGGAGCUCAGUUUAUAUCAAACCAAAGUCACAGACCUGGAGUCAGCUCUCAAACAACAGGGACAGGACUUGAAGUGGGUGGAGGAGAAGCAGGCUCUGUUCCAGAGGAACCAGGAGCUCCUGGAGAAGUUGUCAGACUCUGAGUGUGAGGAGCUGCGUCUGAGGAGUGAAAUCCAGGACGUGAGGGACCAGAAUGAACUGUUAGAGUUUAGGAUCCUAGAACUGGAGGAGAGGGAGCGCCGGUCUCCAGCUCUCACCUUCCAACAACUACAUUUCCCAGAAGGCCUCAGUGCUCUGCAGAUUUACUGCCAGGCCGAGGGCAUCACUGACAUUGUGAUGACUGAUCUGAUGAAGAAGUUGGACAUUUUGGGCGAUAACGCCAACCUGUCAAAUGAGGAGCAGGUGGUGGUGAUACAGGCGCGGACGGUGCUGACUCUGGCGGAGAAGUGGUUGGAGUCGAUAGAAAUGACUCGUUCUGCUCUGAACCAAACCAGACUGGACAUCCAGAACGAGAAGGAGCAGUUCUCUAAACUAAAGGGGUACCUGGAUGAGGAGCUGGACUUCAGGAAACAGUCGAUGGAUGAAGCUCAUAAGCGUAUCUUGGAGCUGGAGGCCAUGCUGUACGAGGCCUUGCGUCUCGAGGAGCAGACGUCUCUCAAACAGGAGGUGCGAGCUGAUAGGUUGACGGAGGAGCAGAGGGCGGAGCUAAGCAGAGCCGUGGACCAAUGGAAACGCAACGUGAUGUGUGAGCUCCGAGAACGCGACGCACAAAUCCUGAGGGAGCGGAUGGAGUUACUGCACUUAGCACAACAGAGAAACAAAGACUUGGAGGAGGUGAUCGAAGCACAGAAACGGCAGAUCAAAGAGCUCGAGGAGAAGUUCCUCUUCCUGUUCCUCUUCUUCUCUCUGGCCUUCAUCCUCUGGUCCUAACCCCGGAUCACAACUGAAUCAUAACCAGACUAAAUUUGGUCCUAAUCCCGGAUCACAACUGGACUAAAAGUGGUCCUAACUCCAGAUCACACCUGGAUCGCAACCAGACUAAAUGUGGUCCUAACCCUGGAUCAUAACCAGACUAAAUGUGGUCCUAAAGCCAGAUCAUAACCGGACUAAACCUCGUCUAACCCCGGAUCAGAAGAAGGACUAAACUUGGUAUGGAUCAGAGGUGAACCUUAACCACAGUUUACUGGACUUUAUGGACUUCCUCCAUUGUCUCCUCCUCUCCUCUCAUCUUCUCCUCCUCCUCUCAUCCUGUCUUCUCUGCUCCUCUCCUCUUCCACGUCUCCUCU